AUGGCGACGACAUUGGCUGAUGACAAGCGUACUCAAUUACAGCCUGUCUGUCAAAAUUGCGGUACCUCCACUACUCCCCUGUGGCGUCGCGACGAACUCGGCUCUGUCCUCUGCAAUGCCUGUGGCCUCUUCCUGAAGCUGCAUGGCCGACCUCGUCCGAUAAGCCUGAAAACCGAUGUGAUUAAAAGUCGCAAUCGCGUGAAGACCGGUCAAGGUCCCAAGCGCAAGUCUGGUGGCCCUGUCGAUACCAAUGGCCUUCCACCACGAUCUGAAGCCGGGACUCCUCCCCUCGGUUCGCAUGGAUACCGUCGCCCCUCGCGCAAGAUGUCCGCGGGUCAUUCGGAUCGCUCUAACUCACCCGUCUCCCGCACCGAGACACCUGGCUUCGGCUCCAUGCAUGCGCACAAUUCGAACAUCGCCCCACAGCACAUGUUCGACAGCGUCACUCUUGGUGAUGGCAUGAGCUCAUCCACCGGCAUUCCCUCCCGCCAGAUGCGCCAACCGUCCCCCUCAGCCGUCGAUCGCCAACUCGAGUCCUCACCCACAUUCGAAAGUCUCCUGGCCCUCAACACAACCCUCAAGACGCGCGUCAGCGAACUCGAAUUUGUCAACGAGCUUUUCCGCGGCCGCGUAACGGAACUCGAGCAGAGUGAUGCCAGUGCGCGUCGCUCGGAGAUGAUUGUCCGAGACUCUGAGGUGCGUCUGCGACGUUCUCUCGAAGAUGCCCAGCGUCGGGAGGAAGAUCUCAAGCGUCGCGUCAGUGAUCUUGAGCGCCAAGUUGGUUCUAGCAGUGCUGGCGAGGCAGACUCAGGCGAGCCCCUUGCAAAAAAGAUCCGGCUGUCGGAUGUCGUGGAAACCGCUGAUGAAGCGUCGGCCAAAUCCCCCAAGAGCGUUUAG